CUCUCUCUCUCUUUGCUAUCAAAUUUCUUCGAGCCCGCCAACAAACGGAAUGCCAUUGAUCAUCGAAAAUUGUAAGGUUGUCGGUCACGUGAUCGCGGACGCGGCGCCGCGCGACGCCAUUGGCAGGAAGUUACAUGCGGAUAACAAAAUCGACAACCGUAGCAAGAGUCUGAUAAUCGCCAGUGUUGAUCGUGCGGAGAAAGAGCUGUCUUUACGCAAAGAAGCCACUUGGGAUCGACGAAAAUGGAGAUCGAAGUCUUGUCGGCGAAAUCCUCAAAACUGAUAACCAACGUCAAUGUAAAUUCGAGCACUACAAUAGGAGAAAUUAAACAACAAUUGCAUAAAUUAAAAAAGGCACCUUACAUUCAUAGACAAAGUCUGAGAUUGGAAGCUAAGGGAAAAGCAUUGUCUGAUUCGGAAACAAUUAAAUCUUUGUCAUUAAAACCAAAUGGGAAGCUUUAUUACAAGGAUCUUGGUCCCCAAAUUGGCUGGAAGACUGUUUUCUUAUUAGAAUAUGCAGGACCAUUAGUAGUGUAUCUCUGGUUGUAUCAACGUCCAUGGUUAUUUUAUGGAAAUGUCGAUAUCAGCAAUUAUCACUAUGUAGCUAAUUGGGCAGCUGUUGGUUGGACAGUGCAUUAUGCAAAACGUUUAUUGGAAACUUUGUUUGUUCAUCGUUUCAGUCACGCAACAAUGCCAUUGCGUAAUCUAUUCAAAAAUUGUUCCUAUUAUUGGCUCUUCGCUAUGUAUGUGGCAUAUCAUACGAAUCAUCCAUUAUAUACAGCUCCCAGUGCACUCCAAUUCAAUAUUGGAGCAGCAACAUUCGUUUUGUGUGAGUUGGGUAACCUCAGCAUUCAUUUAGCUCUGAGAAAUUUGAGACCACCAGGUAGUACGGUCAGAAAAAUCCCAAUGCCAACUGAAAAUCCUUUCACCGCGCUCUUCAAAUUCGUCUCCUGUCCAAAUUAUACAUACGAAAUAGGCAGUUGGAUCGGCUUCACCGUAAUGACGUCUUGUCUUCCAGCUGGUCUAUUUGCGUUUGCUGGUGCAUAUCAAAUGACCGUAUGGGCAUUAGGAAAACAUAGAGCUUACAAGAAAGAGUUCUCGAAUUAUCCAAAAAAUCGUAAAGCUAUCAUUCCAUUUAUUCUUUAAAUCAAUGCAUUUAUAUCAAGUUGCUUAAGUUGGUAAUGAAGAAAUUCUUGAUAUAUUAAUU